CAUACCACCAUCACCAUAUAUAUCUCCUGCAAUUGAACAAGGCCCUCUCCUAUCUAUUCUAGGUUGCCAACAAGAUUAAUUGACUAGGGUCUAAAGUUAGUUAUUAUUCACAUCCCUUUUUGGAAAGUAACAAAUCAAAAAAAUGGUGAGAUCCAAUGGCCAGGAGAAGAUGGAGUUGAAGAAAGGUCCAUGGACUCGUGAGGAAGAUCAGAAGCUUCUUGCUCAUAUUGAAGAACAUGGCCAUGGAAGCUGGCGUUCCCUCCCUGCUAAAGCUGGGUUACAAAGAUGUGGGAAGAGCUGUAGAUUGAGAUGGACUAACUAUCUUAGACCAGAUAUCAAGAGAGGCAAAUUUAGCUCCCAAGAGGAGAAGGCCAUUAUUCGACUCCAUGCCCUUCUUGGCAAUAGGUGGUCAGCUAUAGCAACCCAUUUACCAAAGAGAACAGACAACGAGAUCAAGAACUACUGGAACACCCGGCUGAAGAAGCGGUUGACCCGGAUGGGGAUCGACCCGGCCACCCACAAGCCAAAGGAGACCCCGGGCGGCUCGGCCCAGUCAAGGCAGGCGGCCGUGGUCAGCCACAUGGCUCAGUGGGAGACCGCCCGCCUCGAGGCCGAGGCCCGCCUCGUCCGAGAAUCAAAAUUUCUGUCCAAACUUCAACUCCUUCAGAAAAUCUCCGUGCCGCCGCCGCUUCCGCCGGCGCCGGCGCCGGCCUGCCUAGACGUGCUCAAGGCGUGGCAAUCGUCCAACAGCGGCAGCGGCGGCCUUUUCGUCCUCGACUCGCCGACUUCAACACUAAACUUUUGUAUUAACAAAUUAAACGGAUACGUGGAAGAGAAGGGUAUGUUCAAUAAUUUGGUGCAGGAUGAUAAUAUUUCGUUGUGUUCUAUGAAUAAUCUAGAAGCUUCCAUGGAUCCGGCGAUGUUGAGCUCGGAAUGCUACAACAGUGGGGCGAGUUCGUACGCCGGAGAGUUGGAGGAUAACAAGAAUUAUUGGAAUGAAUUGCUCAAUUUAGUGACUUCUCCGGUGGAAUCGCCUGUGUUUUAGUGUUGUAUCAUUAACUAAUUUGAUGCAUGCAACUUAAUUAGGUUAUGAGAAUCGGACCUUGUCAUUUUGUAAUAAUUGGUUAGUAGCGAUUUCAAUGAAGUCUCUACACAAUUAUGUA